AUGCGCCACGCGCAGAACGUCCGUCGCCCUUCUCACGGGUCUUCAACCGGAGCGCCUGGUUUCCCGACAGGAUCGCAAGAUACGCGAUCACAGUAUGAUCCUGCUACGAGUGGGGUGAAUCCAUCUACUGGAGCCGGAUAUCAGAAACCCCCUCCUAUCCCCUCGCGCCCAUCCCACAGCUAUGAUCAGCAAGGCCAAGCUGCACCCACCCAGCAGGCGAGUACCGCACCACGCACGAACUUGAACGAUCGGACGACCGCACACCCCGAUUCAACAGCUCCUGGGGAUAAAUAUGCGCAAAAGGGCGAUGACAUUGGCCGGAAAGCACAGGGCGUAAUGGCUGGUGUACAUGGAGCUGGGGAAUCACUACGUGGAGCCUUGACGGGGGCGGUGGACAGGGCCUUUGGAACUACGGAAGGUCCGCGGGGCGCAGAGCACAACGAAGAGAUCGCGCGGCGGGGUGAGCGUGAGAUUCAAACGGGCCAGUUUACCCAUUCUGGAAGGUGA